AUGAGUGGGCUCCGAGUUCCUGCAGCGGCAGGCACUGGGGGAGGAGCCGGUGUCGGCAGAGCAGGAGACCAGGGGGGAUCAGCGGCUGCGGCUAUGGAGACUAGUGCACCAGCUACUGUCGCUGAUAUUACUGAGCAGUUUCGGCGUACUCACACUUCUGGAGGAGGGGCAGCAGCCGCAGGAGCAGCAGGUGCAGGGGCUGGGGCUGCCACGGACCCUGCUCUACUUUCCAGGGUGGCGGAGAUUAGGGACGCCAUCCAGGCAGAGACGGUACCACCAGAGUUUACAGCGCUCAUAGAGACAGAGUCCGCUGUACUAGCAGCUGACUUGCGAGCCGUCGUUAAGACCGAGAGGGGUCUGGCGAAGACUCGCAAGCAGUUUUCUGAGGGACAGGUGGCGCACUGCAUCCCGAAGAACUUUGUACCUGAGCUCCACCUCCACACUACAGAGGCACAGGAGCAGCUUCGGACUAGGAUGCAGGAGCUUCAGCAGCACGCACAGGGACAGAUGCAGCUGAUUCUUAUCAGCGGCCAGGUGGAGGACUUGCAGCAGCUUCAGACUCGGGUCACUACCUGGCGUGACAGGCUUCUCGUGACGAUAGACGACCGACUUGCGAGAGCCUGUGACGUGGGGUUCCUUGCGCAGCAGUUUGCAGCAGAGCCGGCACGCUCUGCUAUCUGGCAGAGCAUCCAGACGCUGAGGGUUAGGUGCCACGCUGCUGUUACAGACGCACUCCUCCGUGUAGGGCUGCAGCACCGGCAGUACGCAGACACUGAGAGCAGGCGGGUGGAGCAGCAGCAGCGUCAGAGAGAGCGACGUCAGGAGCGGCGUGAGCAGGCAGAGGCGACGCCUGUAGACCAGACCAUGGGAGAGUUUGUCCCCAGGGAGGUCGAGAGGCAGGUGGGCGCCUGGCAGGACGAGGCCCGGGAGCAGCUUCGUCGCAUCCUCGAGCGACUUGACCGUUUGGAGGGGCGGCGCUCAGGGCAGUCAGGCCAGCAGCAGCGAGGCAGGACCAGGACUAGGGAGGUUACGGGUGACGGACGCCUGGAGUCCGUCUCUCCUGUCCGUAGCCGCACUCCGCAGGGCCGACAGGGCAGCCGCUCACAGCCUACUCAGGGAGCGGGUGCACAGACUGCAGCAGCAGUUCUACCAGCAGCCUUUUUUGGGGCCUUCUUUCCAGCAGCAGCAGUUUGGAGCACCCCUCCGGCAGCAGCAGUUUGGAGCACCUCCUCCGACCCCCCCACAGCCCCCCCUGCCACAGCAGCCUCCACAGGGCGCUCUGUGCAGGAGGUGGCGGACAAGCUAACUAACGUGGCUGUCCACAACCUUUCGCGCAGGCAGUUGUCAGAGGAUGAGCUUGCAGGCCUCGCCCUUGGCCUCAAGUUCAUCCCGACACCACCCUCCUUAGACCAGGAGCAGCUGAGACAGGCGGUGGAGCAGUUUCAGAGGAGGGUCAGGCUGGCUUGGCAGUUCCGGGACAGUCGCAGACCAGUACCCAGGUUCAGAGUCCCACGUCCCAGCUGGCAGCCGAGUUCGGGACCAGAGGAGGUUGAGGAGUACCUGGCCGGGGUAGCUGACAGGGUAGAGGGUUUGUCGGAGCUGAUAGGGGGGCCAGCGCGGCCCAACGUGAGCAGGAGGGUGUUGGGCGCGCUGCAGAGGUUGAGUCGGGACCGGUCUAUAGUUAUUAAACCGGCCGACAAAAACCUUGGGAUUGCGGUGUUAGACAGGGAGUGGUACGAGGGGGAGGCGCUGAGGCAGCUGGGGGACAGGGCGGUUUACGAGCCGGUGGCUAUGGUGCCGUUGCAGAGACUUUGGGGGCAGUUGUGUCGGUGGGCAGAGCAGGCACGCCUGGCAGGGUUGCCGUCGCAGGUGUUAGACUUUAUCCUGCAGCCACGCACUCCGUGUUUGGAGCGGGCUACCAGAGCUUGGGAGCGGUUUCGGGUGUGCAGAUUCUACUUGCUACCGAAGCUGCACAAGACUCCAGUAGCCGGCAGGCCUAUCUGCUCGUCCACGCUCUGGGUUUUUGAGCAUGCAUCGGCAGUCUUAGACCACUACCUCCGCCCUUUACUACGGUUUUCACCCUCGCACCUUCCAGACUCACUUGCACUUUUGCACCAGCUAGAGGACCUUCGUGUGCCAGCAGAGGCUCUCUUCCUGACCUACGACGUUGAGAGCCUCUACCCAUCGAUCCCUAUCGACGCAGGUAUCAGCUGCAUCGAGAGGUGGUUGCUUCGGUGGGCAGCACAGGGGAGGAUUGCAAGGGGGGUAGCAGACACACUGGUGCAGCUGUUGGGGUUGGUCAUGAGGCAGAACCACCUCGAGUUUGGUGGUCGUUUUUGGCGGCAGGUUCGGGGGACUGCUAUGGGCACGCCUGUAGCAGUGAUCUACGCGGUUCUGUUCAUGGCUUGGUUAGACGAGAGGUUGCUAGAGACAGAGCCCGAGUUGUCGCAGCACGUCCUUCUCCACCGCAGGUUCAUAGACGACGGGGUGGUGGUUUGGACGGGGACACGGGAGCGGCUGCUGGAGUGGGUGGGGGCGUUUGGUGGGUUGGAGCAGACUAUUCGACUGACCCACGAGAUCUCCACCUCACAGUUCACCUUGCUGGAUAUCACGUUCAGCAAGGGAGAGCUCUGGCAGACGACGGCUAUCUUGGACACCACGACCUUCCAGAAGCCGCUCAACGUGUACCAGUACUUUCCUUUCUCCUCCGCGCACCCCUCUCACUGCAAGAGGGGCUUCAUCUUGGGUGAGCUGCAGCGGUACAUUCUGAGGGAGUCCAGUUCUCGAGGGUUUAGGAGUAUCAGGUCGGCCUUCUACGCUCGGCUGCGGGCGCGGGGGUACCCAGACACUUUCUUGCAGCCGAUCUUCAGCAGCAUCUCCUACGCACGACGCCCGGAGCUUCUUGCCAGGUCACGGGCUCGGGGGGAGGGGGAGCAGGAGGCGCAGCAGCGGGUUCUCCCUCUUGUUCUCGACUUCCACCCGAGUGUGCAGCAGGUCCGCUGGGGUAGGUUGCUGGCCUUCCCUCCAGAGGCACCAGCGUUUGAGCAGCUUUCUCACUACAGGGCACCUUUCGUGUCCUACAGGGCACCUCCGUCGCUCCGACAGCUACUCGUGCGAGCGUCGUUCAGGUGA